AUGCCCGUCACGAUCCAAAUCGCAACCCACAAAGCCCGACCCUGGAGCGGGAUGAAAGCGACAUCCGCGACCGAGCUGCUGAGGUCCUCGUGUCGAGACGAAUGCGAAAAGAGCGCGGGCAUCAUCCAAAGCUCCUUCUCGCCCGAGCUCCUACGCGAUCAACACAUCGAUCCCUCGGAGAACGGGCUCGUGCACUCGUGCUGGCGGGCCUACAGCAACCACCACCACCUCGCGCUGCGGCCGGAGGAUCUCUGGUUCGCGGUGCUGUCGCAGACGGGGUUCUACAUCAACGCGCACGCGGAGGAACUACGGCAUCUCUUCGUGGCGCACGAAGGGCAGAAGGAACUGGAGGUCGUCGAGGUCGGGAAUCUGCAUUCGGUGGAUUUCGGCGCCCUGGCGGAGCGGAUGACGAGGGAGAUCCAGAAGAAUGUCCUCGAUCCGGAACUACGGACUUGGGUGAUGCCGGACUUCACCACGACGCGGGACUCCGAUCGCGUGGUGGCGAGUGUGCUUAUGAUGGGCGCGUUGCAGGAGUAUUUCAGUUAUAAGAUGACGCUGUGCUGUGGCAUUCCCUCCGUGACGCUAUUGGGAGAGAGGGAGGAUUGGGUGAAGAUUCAAGGGAGGAUUUCGAUGUUGGAGAAACUUGGGAGUGAGGCGGUGGGGUUUGCGACGCUUCUGAGGCCGGUGUUACGCUACUUCAUCGAGACAUUUGAUCAUCCCGAUUCGCCUGCCGUCAAGGAUUUCUGGUCUCGAAUUGUGCAUUGGCAAGGUGGAGGAAGCGGACCGAGUUACCUUUCGGGCUGGAUCACAGCCUUUUGCGCCUGGGACGCCAAAGGUCAACCUCUCUUCCCGCUUGAGGAAAUUUCGCUUCGACAGUCACAGUCACAAGAUCAAGACGACCAAGUCUGCGAACUCGACGGCGUCUAUUACAACCGUGUGGACACAUCUGAUAUACCCAACGGAUAUGCCGGCGUGCCAGUGUUGAUCGACGACAAUGGCGUGGAGAUCAAGUCUCGCAUGGUGGCCGGUUCGGUGGGCAUUCUAGCUACGAGCAGCGGACGACCACUUGAUCGUCCAGCAUGGAAUUCUACCGUGGACGAGGAGACCGGCUUGGAUUCCCUGCAGCCGGUCUCGGGAUGGUGGAUGUUCAAGGUCACGGACGAUGCUGAGGGUGAGACGCCGUUCGAUACGGCUUGA